GAAUCGCAGCAGUUGCUGUAAUUCCCCGACUCAAUGGUCAACCGCACAUUCAGUAGGCUAUUCGGCGAAUCAUGCCUGCUGGCAUGAGAUGCAAAAUUUUAGCUGCCUUCUAGCAACUGCGGUGUAGUUUACUCAAUGCCAGCGCAUCGGAGCAACACUGCAAGCCUUUGGGAGUACUGUCUGACAGCGAAGCGAACGGAAACUCUGAAAACUCUGCGUUUCAGCUGGACGCAUGACGUCACUGCCCUGCGAUGCCAAGUCGCUUUGAGUGCUGUGCGUUUCUUUUCCCUGUCGCCAGACUGUCCCGCACAAAGGAGGGCACGCAUGUAGCCUAAUAUUUCGGAUAGUAGUUUUUAUAUUUUAGGGGGGAGCGUGGGGUUUCCUGGACGAUGUUACGCAGAGCGGUUCUGCAAAAGACUGGAAAGGAGGAUGAUAACGGGGAUUCAGGAGCGGAGACCGCCGGGUCUGACUGCAGUAAAAUGUCAUCACCACGCAGUGACCUGGGGGCGGGCCCUCUCAGUGACACGCUGGUGAUGACUGUGCAUCUAUUGGCCAAUCCGGGAGACUCUCUGCUGCUGCAGCACUCAUUGGAUGGGCUGCUGCAGUGGGUGUGGCCGGGCCUGCGGCUCUUCCAGGUGUCGGAGCGGCUGUGUCCCCUGAGAGACCCCGCCCCCCGGGGCCACCCCUCGCUGGCGGUGACGCUGUUCCUGCAGGAGGGGCGGGGCGAGGGGCGGGGCGAGGGGCGGGUGCUGCGAGCUCUGGACCUCCUGCAGCGCCCCCCCUGGCGAUACCACCACAGCGAGAGCCGGCCCCGGCCCUGCCCCCUGCCCGGCCCCGCCCUGUACGCGCUGGGGGCGGGGCUGCCCCUGUGGGGCGUGCGCUCGGUGCACUGCGGGGGCGAGGCCCUGCGCGUCACGCUCUACAGCGCCUUCCGUAACUACGGCGACGCCGUGCGGCUGUACGAGCUGGUGCUGCGCCGCCGGGCCCAGGAGCAGAAGGCCGGGUUCUGCUGGUUCACCCUCCAGGCCCAGCGGGGGCGCAGCCUGCAGCUGGCGCUCAAGCGCCUGGCCCCUGGAUUGGUCCCCCGGCCCUGUCAGUCAGCCUUGCUGCAGUUCCGCUCUGCCCCGAUUGGCCAGCUCGUCCCUCUGCUGCCACACCCCUGCACCCCCAUCAGCGCCUCCCGCUGGCAGAGCCAGGACCUCGACGGCAACAAGAUCCUCUUCCAGGUGAAAGGUGAGCCCUGCUCUGCCUUCCCUCUGUACCCCUCCCCCCCGGUCCCCGGUCCCCGCCGGCCCCAGACCCUGGAGGGGGGGGAGAGGGCCCCUGGGGGGUGGGAGAGCGCGGGGUCGGACAGCAGCUCCUGUUACUCCUCCCAGCGCAGCAGCCCCGCCCCUUCACCCUUCCCCCAUUCGCUGCCCGACCCUGACCCUGCCCACUCAGGCAUGCUGGGGGCGGAGUCUGAAACUGACGUGGACACGGGAUUCGCUGUGGAGAGGCCAGCUGUAGAGGGUGCCUCCUCCCUGGAGACAGUUGCUAAGGACCUGAGCAGAUGGCUGCCAGACACAGCCAGAGGCGCCAGGACUGUGACAUCAUCACCCUGCGCCAGGACUGUGACAUCAUCACCUCCCUGCUUAGGGGGGUCUCUGAGCCAGAAUAUGGGCGGGGCUCUGCAGUGGCAGGGGGGUGAUCAGCCCCCCCCACACGGACCCCAGUCCCCCGCCCUGCCGGACGAGUUCUUCAUCUGACCCCCCAAACACGCUAGCUAGCUAGCUACCGAUGUCUCUCUCUCUGCCUAGCUAGCUACCGAUGUCUCUAUCUCUCUCAAUUGCUAAAUAGCUUAGUCUUCAUAGCCUAUUGCCUGUCUUUAAGUUUUCAGCUGAUGGAACAAUUAUUCACAAAAUAGGAUCAAAUCGAUUGGGAAACUAGGAAGUGCAGAACUCUGAUUGGAUGUUCUUGGGUGACGCAGCCCAAAGGUUCAGCCACGGGCUCUUCUAUUGGUCAGCUUUCAUUGUUCAGUUGCUCAUGUUGCUGGCCGUCUCUCAGCCUCAACCAAAAUUAACGGACUGGCAACUGGUCGCCCAAAUCGCUCAAAGUGAUAACACAGCCUUACUGAUCACUCCUUACUGCUAAUAAUGUUCUCUGUGGUACUCAUUAUAAUGGUAUUAUUACUGAUCACAAGAAUAAUUAACAACAUUUUGAGUCGAUAUUUACACAGAGAGAGAGAGAGAGAGAGAGAGAGAGGGAUGAAACGGUUUUAUCAGAUGCUGCACAGUAUUGCGUGUGAUUGGUCAGCACAGUAUCAGACGCUGCACAGUAUUGCGUGUGAUUGGUCAGCACAGUAUCAGACGCUGCACACUAUUGCGUGUGAUUGGUCAGCACAGUAUCAGACGCUGCACAGUAUUGCGUGUGAUUGGUCGGCUCCCAGCACACAGAAUCAUUCAUAGGCAGCAGGACACCUCUGUGCUGGAGCUGAAGAGUCUCACUCGAGUUUCUUUAAAUAAUAUUUCAGUUUUGAGGUGUUUUGAACUGGCCCAGUUGUGUGAUGUAGGAUGCUGGCCUGGUCAUGUGAUGUAGGAUGCUGGCCUGGUCAUGUGAUCUCCUGUCCCUCACUGACCCCAGCGGCCCUUCUUUUCAUUAGUAUUGUGCUGCAUAAGAUUUGUAUAUAAAACUGAGUCGAUACCACUCGAAAUGUGCCAGUGACAGUUUACCCACAUAGCUGUGUUGGGUCAUAGCUGUGAUGGGUCAUAGCUGUGUUGGGUCAUAGCUGUGUUGGGUCAUAGUUGUGAUGGAUGGGUCAGAACCAGGAUGAGUUUCAUGGACGGUCUGCAGGAACCAGGAGGUGCUGCUGGGCCAGUGUGUACCGGGUCAUGAGGCUGAUUGUGAAACCUGCUGCACAACAUUACAUUACAUUACACAACAUUACAUUACACAACAUUACAUUACACUGCAUUACAUUACAUUACACUGCAUUACAUUACAUUACACAACAUUACACAACAUUACAUUACAUUGCAUUACAUUACAUUACACAACAUUACAUUACAUUACACUACACAACAUUACAUUACAUUACACUGCAUUACAUUACAUUACACUGCAUUACAUUACAUUACACAACAUUACACUAUAUUACAUUACACAACAUGACAUUACACAACAUUACACUAUAUUACAUGACACAACAUGACAUUACACAACAUUACACAACAUUACAUUGCAUUACAUUACAUUACAUUACAUUACACAACAUUACAUUACACUGCAUUACAUUACAUUACACAACAUUACAUUACACAACAUUACACUACAUUACAUUACAUUACAUUAUAUUACUGAGGCUCUUAUCCAGAGUGAUGUACAAUUUUUUUUUUAAGUGCAAAUCAUAACUAGGGACAAGUGCACUGAAAACCCUCCAGGGAAAAUCACAAAGAUAAAAGCUUGAACCCCAGAUAAACUGACCGAGUAGCAAUACCUGGUCAUACAUAACCUGGUCAUACAUAACCUGGUCACACAUAACCUGGUCAUACAUGGGCCCAGUAGAUGUGUUAGCACUGUGUGUGGAUAUUACCAUUGGAAUACUGAUGCCCAGAAUAGGAAUCAUUUAAUGCAUUUUAGAUUCAUAGUUGUAAUUGAUAUAGAGGUGUUUAUAACUGGCAGGAUCUCAUUGUUAUCUGCCUAGUAAAUUAUUUUGAUGACCA